AUGGACUUUACUGAAGCCCAGAAUGCUAUCCUCGGACUUUUGGGAAACGUGUCUGCGGACGCUUUACCUAAAAUUAUCCAUUGGAUGAGAGCAAGCAGUAAGCUAUAAUAGCAUGUCUCAUUUUAUUUGUUUGUGCAGAUGGGAGAUCUAAUAAGACCUGCUGUAUGAUAAUAUUUUUUUUUGCAUUUAAAGCAUUCUAUUAAUUGUUUUCCUAAUAUAUAUCUUAUUCUAUUUACAUGUUCAUUUACAUGUCUUAGAAAUAAAUAAUUGAUAUUAUAGUUGGCAAGCUCUAAAUUUGUCAAAACAUUGCAAAAUUAAACUGUGCCAGUUAUGCUUAAAUAAGAUUUUACUACACAAAAUUCCACCUGUAUGUUGUUCUGCCAGAGAAUGUAGAGAAUAGAAUAUAGGAGGGGAAAAAAGGUUGCAAUUAUAAUCCCUCUUAGCCUGUUAUUUCUGCACAUAGUGGUUGUGCUGGUGCCCUGUUCGCCAACAAUUCAAUGGUGAGAACAGGAAAACACUCUUCCAGACAUUCUUCUGGUCUCCAUUGAAGCAAUUACAAUACAUGUGAUAUCCCUCUGGCAAGAACAUUUUGAUAGAGAAGUAUAGCACAGGGUAAUUAAUAUAUGACAUUCUGUUAUAACAGUGAUGCACUGGCAAUUAAGCUGUCCUGUUGACGUUGGAUGAAUACUUAUUAAGGAUGCACCGAAAUGAAAAUUCUGGGCCGAAACCGAAAAUUCAGGAUGCCCUUGGCCGAAAAUGACUUUUUCCCCCAAAUGAUUUACAAAAAGGUUUUUUUUCCCUAUAUUUAUUAAUAUUAGACUUUUUAAUGAAUUUAAUCUUCUAUGAAAAACUUCCCAUCUCUUUUAGUUGUCCCCCCGCUUAAUGUUCACCUCUCCCCUCCCUCUUUUUUAGUGUUCUUUCCUCCCUCCUCCCCAGUCCCAUAGUGUUCUUUUCCCUCCUCCUCCCCAGUUCCAUAGUGUUCCCCCCCUCCCCUGUCCCAUAGUGUUCCCCCCCUCCCCUGUCCCAUAGUGCUCCCCCCCUACCCUGUCCCAUAGUGCUCUUUUCUCCCCUGUCCAAUUGUGCUCUGUUCUCCCCUUUCCCAUAGUGCUCUUCUCUCUCCUCCCCUGUCCCAGUGUUCUUUCCCCCCUCCCCUGUGCCAUUGUGUUCUUCCCCCGUCCCAUAGUGUUCUUUUCUCCCCUCUCCCCUGCUCCAUAGUGUUCUUAUCUCCCCCCCCCAGUCCCAUAAUGUUCUUUUCCUCCUCCUCCCCAGUUCCAUAGUGUUCCCCCCUCCCCUGUCCCAUGGUGCUCCCCCCCCCUGUCCCACCCUGUCCCAUGGUGCUCUUUUCUCCCCUGUCCAAUUGUGCUCUGUUCUCCUCCUUUCCCAUAGUGCUCUUCUCUCCCCUCCCCUCCCCAGUGUUCUUUCCCCCCCCUGUGCCAUUGUGUUUUCUUCCCGUCCCAUGGUGUUCUUUUCUCUCCCCUCUCCCAUUAGUGUUCUUAUCUCCCCCCCUCCUGUCCCAUAGUGUUCUUUCCCCUCCCCAGUCCCAUAGUGUUCUUCCCCCCCCGUCCUAUAGUGUUCUUUCCCCCCCUCCCCUGUCCCAUAGUGUUCUUUUCAUGUAAUCAUUACUAUCUUCCAUUGUGAUAUAUAAUGAUCUGAAUUGUUAAUGCAAGCAUGUCUGUUAAGCUAUGAACUACAAAUAAAAAAAAUAUAUAUAUUUUUCAAAACAAAUUUAACCCGUUUUUGGCCGAAACGGGAUAGGCCCAUUUUCAGCCGAAAUUUCGGUGCAUCCCUCAUACUUAUAUGGAGGAUCAUGCAGGAUCUCACUUAGACCACUGUGUUGUAGUCUUGUGCAUGCGCGAGAGUACAACAAUAAUGCUAGCUCCUGACAAAUGAAGUGGGGGAAGUUAAAGAAAGAACCGAAUGAAGGAUAGCAGGACUCUCCAUCGAAAGCUUCCUUAGUCUUCUACCCCCAGGCUACUGCACACCAAGUGGACAUGUUAUUUCUAGGGGUCUCUGCAAAAUGUCUGCUUUACAGGGACACUACAGUCACUCAGACCACUUGAUCUCAAUGUGGCCCUGUCUUUUUAACCCUGCAAUGAAAAACACUGUAUUUUUAUUUUUAGAAAUAAAUAUGUUUUCAUUGCAGGGUUAAGUCCACCUCCAGUGGCUGUUUUUCUACGAGGAAGCUUGAGUGCAUGCAGCACUCACAGCUCCAUGCGCAUUAGGUCCCCAAUGCUUAUCUAGGAGAAGCAUUCGAUCGGUCCACAAGCUCAAAGCCUCUCAUUGCAGAUAACCUGUAUUAGUUGUCCAACUAUACAGCAUGGGCAAAGCUUUUUAACUUCCUUAUUGUGUCAUCUGCAGUUGUAUGAAAAAUAUCUAGAACUCUUAGUACCAUAAUCACUACAGUAAGCUGGAGUGUCCCUUUCAUUCUUGUAAUGUAUAAACUCCAAGCCUAAAUCUUAUUCUUCAGGCUCCAAGCACCAUGACCUCCUCAGUGAUUUGAAGUUGUGAUGGUGAUUGGAGUCUGUAUAUGCAGUACUUCUGGAUGAAGCACCGCACAAAUGGAUUUUAACCUAUUUGCUGACGGAGGUGUAACUCCACCUCCAGCGGUCUGAUUGGGGGGUUAUUAGCCGGCCUGGAACUCUUGUCAAUUCUGUACAAAUUUUCAUGAUUGCUCUCAGAUUGGAUCGGCUUCUGCAGUUCUGCAGAAAUUGGAAGCGGGCCACCAGCACUAAAAGGAACCUCAGAGCCUAGCAGCACCCCAGGUAUGAGGGUAAACCAUUGAUAUAUGGUUUGCCCCUUACUGGGGAACCAGGCCAGGUACUCCUGACAUUAUAAUAAUCAGUGGGCUGUACUGUUCAAUUGUUAGUAUUAUAUGUUGUUUGUAAUAGGCAUGUGUAAUAUAUCUGAACUUUUUAAUUUUUGCAGGUGACUUUGAAGACUUCAUCAUUAGCAACAAUGAUGUAAUACUGAGAAGUAUUUCAGAGGACUUACGAAGCAGCUUACCUGUGCAUGCGAUGGUUAGCUCAGAGAGUCAAGCAAUUCAAACUGUGAGAUAUUUUUUCAAACGUAGAAAUCAUUUUUUUAAGAAACCAGUCCAUUUUAAAACCAUAUUUGAACGUAUCUAUUUACACUGCCUCUUUAUAUGUUUUUAUUUUUAUUUAUUUUUUCAUAUGAAUCAUUGUCCAAUUCUUCUAUUUCUUCAGUUCCCCAUAGUAUUCAUAAAGGAUCACUCCUGCUGAAAUGGUUAUCGUGCCAGGAGUACUCUGGCCUCCUCCCAGUGCGAAUGGUUUGACAAUCUACCUGAGGUCUGCUGGGUGGCAGUAAACUCUUCCCCUGGCGCCUGUUAGCUCCCCUGACAUUCUGCGGUACAGAGGAAGAGGUUAUUGGAGCCUGGCAUACCCUAGCCAAACAUAUCGCAAAUUUGUUUCACUACUUGCAAUGAGGACGCUACCAGUGUAACCCAGGCACCAUAACCACAAUAACUGGCUGUAGUUUUUAGAGGACUUGGAGUGUUCCUCUAAUUGGACAUUCAGGACUGAGCAUUAUAACCACUAUCACUAACCGUAAAAGUCCUAGAAUACUGUCCUACACAUUUCCCUAUAUUAUUAUUAUUAUUGCCAUUUAUAUAGCGCCAACAGAUUCCGUAGCGCUUUACAAUAUUAUGAGAGGGGGAUGUAACUAUAAAUAGGACAAUUACAAGAAAACUUACAGGAACAAUAGGUUGAAGAGGAUCCUGCUCAAACGAGCUUACAGUUUAUAGGUGUUGGGGUAUAAGACACGUUAGGACUGGAAAUAUCAAUCAAAUAGGGUGCGAGUGAAGCAGAGCUGGAGGAGAGAGUAAAGCACCGCCCUAUAAGAGAGAGCAAGAGACAGGUAUGUAAGGUAGAGGUUACUCUGGGAGGCCAUAAGCUUUCCUGAAGAGAUGGGUUUUAAGGCUCUUCUUAAAUGAUUGAAGACUAGGGGAGAGUCUGAUGGCGGUAGGCAUUCCAUAGGAAAGGAGCCACCCGCGAGAGGUCCAGCAAGCGCGAGUUGGCCGUACGAGUGCAAGCAGCGGUCAGGAGGUGGUCACGGGCAGAGCGGAGGGAACGAGGAGGGGUAUACCUAUGGAUCAUUGAGGAGAUAUAAGAAGGGCUAGAAUUGUUCAGUGCUUUAAAUGUAUGGGUUAGUACUUUGAAUUGACUCCUAUAGGAUACAGGGAGCCAAUGUAAGGACUGGCAGAGGGCUGAUGUGUGAGUGGACCGACUAGAGAGGAAAAUCAGUCUAGCUGCAGCAUUCAUUACAGACUGUAGCGGGGCAAUACGGCUUUUGGGGAGACCAAUCAGGAGAGGGUUACAGUAAUCCAUGCGGGAAAUUACUAGAGCAUGGACAAGCUCUUUGGUCGCAUCUUGCGUAAGAAAGGAGCGGAUGCGGGCUAUGUUUUUGAGUUGGAACCUACAGGAUUUGGCAACAAACUGGAUAUGAGGCUCAAAGGUGAGGCCAGAGUCAAGUAUGAUGCCAAGACAGCGUGCUUGCAAGGAUGGACUUAUGUGGAUAUCACUGAAGGGAGAGCGAGAGAGGAGGAUCAGUAUUAGGAGGAAGAAAGACAAGGAGUUCAGUUUUAGAGAGAUUGAGUUUCAGAAAGCGUGAGGACAUCCAGUCAGAGAUGGAAGAAAGGCAAGCAGUGACACGUUGCAGAACGGCAGGGGAGAGGCCCGGGGAGGAGAGAUAUAUCUGGGUGUCAUGAAUGAAGGGUCAAGUGGGAGCUGCAGAUUUACAUGAAAAUAGAGCAGACAAAGGAAUGAAAAGGUACGUUUGCAGAGACGGUGUCAAGGGAUAUGGUGUUUUGAGUUUCCCUUUAAUGUUGGUUAAUAUUUGUCUGUGUAAGUAUGCAUCCCCACUUCGUGCCUGCCUCUGACCAUCCUUUGCACGGCGUCCCAAUUCACUUUACUUCACCGUAUUUCAUUUCAGAUUCAGAAUCUCAAGCAGCCAACGCUUCACGUCGAUGCUUUCCUUUAUGACGAUGAGACUGUUGAUACCUUGUGCAACGAGGGGAAGAUGAGUCGUAACUAUUGUUUAUCUUGCGGUUCUAGACAUACUGCACCCAUUGGUAAGUUAAUGUAUGUUACAGACGCCCAUUCAUAUUAACCCAGUCUGUCCGUUAUACCAUUAAUUAUUAAUAUAGUUUAUAUUGUUAUAGAUAAAUAGCCACUUUACCUUUUUGAUUCACUUUCAAAUGACUAGUUUUUAGGCUACAUACUAUUCUUUUUUUUUUUUUACUUUAAACAAAACCUAAAUACCUUUUUGGUCUUGCUGAACAUAUUAGUACUACAUCUCUAACUUCUUUUUUAUAUAUAGAUUUUUUGUCCCAUUCUUUUUCUCUCCUGGAGCUCAAGUUUCUUUUCCAACAUGUGUUACCUGACUUGACUGGGAAGACAUUAAUAGAUGUUGGAUCAAGACUUGGUGCUGUCCUGUAUGCGGUAAAAAAUUGUGACUUCUAUAUUUAUCUUUUCCCUGCACCCAUCCUACCUGGCCAAUGA